AUGUCAAAAGACCAAGCUAAAAAACACUCUAUGGACAUCUCCCACGUGGCGGCGGUGGAAUUGCCUCUCGUGGUGAGGAAUACCGAUAAGGCAAUUGCCAUGUUGGGAGGAAAAGACAGAAUCAAAAGAGCUCUCGAUUCUCAGUAUAAACCUCAGGCUAUUCAGCCCAGCAGCCAUUCCGUGGAUGACAAGAACUUGGAGUUGCGCCUCCGAAAUGAUCCAUUUCACCAUCCUAUUCAGGCCUCUUUCAACAGAAGAGAGAAAAUUCUCCUCAAAGUAUCGAUCCCAAAGUCCUCUUUGCCUAGUGACUACUAUGAAAACCCACAUAAAUAUACCAUUCGGGACUUGAUUGGGAGAAAUUCAGAUAGUUCAGGACCCUCGCACAAGGUUGAGCCUGUGGCUAUCAUCAACAAAAAUUACACUUUCCGUGCAAUUGCGGACUUUCAGAUGUCCACCAAGAACAACCAAACUGUGCAAGAUUUCAAUAAGAAUAUGCUCAAUGUGCGUAACUACGAGGACUUGGAGAAGUACUAUAAGGAGAAGCUCGAGGUCAAAGACGAUUUUAAGGACCUGCUGAACUAUGAGAAUAAAGUCCACAACUUUAUUCCUCCCCCACAUUUCAGUGGAAUCAGAUUCCCUUUCGACUUCAAAUAUCAGAAGAGUCCCUACACCGUCACAUUAAAAGACACCAACGGCGAUGUCAAGGUUGUGAUGAAAUCCGACAGCAAGAAGUUGUUCACGAAUACUGUGGAUUACUACGGAGAUUCAGUGCCCCAGUAUCCAUUGCCAGAAAUCAUCAAGAACUACGACUGGCUCUUGAAAUCAGAUUUGUCUCAAGAAUACGCAGAUAAGAAAUUGUUUGAUUGCAUCCAAUACUUGACCAUGCUCUUUGAUGUGAAACCUAUUUGGCUUAGAAAGCUGCUCAUUGAUGCAACACCAGAGAAUCUCAAAUCUGCUGUGAAGGAGGCAUUGCCGUACGUCUCCUACUGCUACAAGAACGGACCGUGGCGGUUCUGUAACGUUAAGUUGGGUGUGAAUCCUAAACAUGACUCCUCUUACUGGAUAUACCAGAGUGAAUACUUCCGGUUACAAAGACUUGCGAGAGCUGAUGGAAGGGAAUCAGGCGUGCGGAUAGUUCCAAAUACCAUCAAAAUAUCUAGCGAUAGAACAGACAUUAAGCUCUCAGAAGAUUUGUUUUUCACCGGACUAAAGCUUCCCAAGGCCAUUAACUACCAAAUUGGAGAUAUUAUGGACGCCGAUAUUCUUCGGGUGGUGGAGAGAGCUCAACAAAAAGAUGGAAGCUUUUUCCGAGAAACCGUGGACUCACAGGAUGGAUGGGUUAAAAAACAAGUCAUGGAAACCAUCCGCAGAAUUGUCAGGUAUAAAUUGCGUCGGUUGCAAAAAGAAGAAGCGAUAGACUCGGAGAAAGUGGAAAAGAUCAUAUCUACAGACUACACCGAAAAGGAUUUGGCUGAUGGCCAUGGAAAGGAGGAAGAUGACGAUGAUGAAGACAAUGAAGUAAUUGAUAAUCCUGAAGAAGAAGACGAUGGAGGAGAAAAUGACGAAAAUGAAGAAGCUGAAGUUGAAGUUGAAGUUGAAGAGGACGAGGACGCGAACGAUACUCCCAUAGUCAACGAGGAAACUAUUCUCCACCGAAUUAAAGAGGUGGACCCACAAACAGCAAACAAAAUCAACUCCUUAGUGGGUCUCAUAAAACAGGAUUCUAUCGAUCAGGCAUAG